CCAGUACGGCGUCUGGGCCAGGGAGCUUGGGAAAUAUAGUCGUGUGAUCCGGGGACCGAGGGGCCAAGAGGGGGCGGGGAAAGGAACGAGUCUGGCUGGAUCGUUUCCUGCCGCUCCCGUGACGCCUAGCCCCGGCGCGCCUUUGCUACCCAGGGGACUACUGACCCCAUCUCCGGCCAACCCGCCGAGUCUUUAUCGCCUGUCGAGCCCCUCACCCGAGUCAGGCCCGCCACUGGAGACCCCCGAUGGGGCCUAUGUUUCACCCCGGGCUUCGGCCUCCUGGGACGGGAGCCACGCAUGCAUCUUCGUGUCGUGUGGUUAUUUGAUUGUGUCAACUCUUUUGCUUGGAGUAGCGCCAUUUUGCAGUACGGAAGCUACAAAUCAUCGCAGACCAGAGCAUCUCCCUGAAAUCUGCUUCCGCAGAAGUGUUAAGUCUGUGGAGAAGUGUCAAGUCUGUUUUCAUUUGGGAAGAGGAUACCGAAGCAGGAUCAAGGAAGAUUUAAAGGGCCAGGCUGAUUGUUUUUCUUAAUGCAGGCAUCUGGAGGUGGCUCUGGUCACUGCAGGGCCACUAGGGGGUCGGCUUGCUUGUCUCAUCCUCCCCUUGCGUAGUCUGUUUCCCAAAAGCCAUGUCCAGGCCCUCGCUCAUCACCUUCACCCCGGCCACUGACCCCAGCGACCUCUGGAAAGAUGGGCAGCAGCAGUCACAGCUUGAAGAGCUGGAGCCCACCCUGGAUGGGGCUGCAGCCCGGGCUUUCUAUGAGGCCUUGAUUGGGGAUGAGAGCAGUACCUCUGAACCCCAGAGAGCUCAGCCUGAGCCUGCCAGUGACAGAAAGAGGAAGAAAAGAAGAAUGAUGAGGGAGGCUGCAGCAGGAGCAUCAGGAGGACAUGGACAAAGGAGAUCCCUUGAAGCUGAGGACAAGAUGACCCAGUGGAUACUGAGGGCAGCCCAGGAGGGGAAUGUGGCAGAACUAAGAAGGCUGUUGGAUCCCCAGGAAGCAGGGGGAGCUGGAGGGAAUAUCAAUGCUCGGGAUGCCUUCUGGUGGACUCCCCUGAUGUGUGCUGCCCGAGCAGGCCAGGGGGCGGCUGUGCGCUAUCUCCUGGGCCGUGGGGCUGCUUGGGUGGGGGUCUGUGAGCUGGGUGGCAGGGAUGCUGCUCAGCUGGCCGAAGAAGCAGGCUUCCCUGAGGUGGCCCGCAUGGUCAGAGAGAGCCACGGAGAGACGAGGAGUCCAGAGAAUCGGUCCCAAUCCCCUUCCCCCCAGUACUGUGAGAGCUGUGACGCCCACUUCCAAGACUCUAACCACCGCACAUCCACUGCUCACCUGCUGUCACUGUCUCGGAAUCUCCAGCCCCCCAACCUGCCCCUUGGGGUGCCCACCUCCAGCCCAGGCUUCAAGAUGCUGCUGAGGGAGGGCUGGGAGCCUGGAAUGGGGCUGGGACCGCGGGGCGAGGGCCGCGCCAAUCCCAUCCCCACUGUCCUCAAGAGGGACCAGGAAGGAUUAGGCUACAGAUCAGUGCCCCAGCCCCGAGUCACACACUUCCUGGCUCGGGAUACCCGGGCUGUGGCUGGGAGGGAGAGAGCCCCUCGGGUGAUCACACUGAGUCGGAGGGAGGAGAGAAGGCAGGAGGAGAAGGACAGGGCCUGGGAGCGGGAUCUGAGGACAUACAUGAACCUUGAGUUCUGACCUUAGCAAGGUCUGACUCUGGUCUGCUGCUCAAGUCUGAAGUUGGGCUUUUGAACUGGACACUUUGGCUUCUAUUUCCUAAGGUCUGCCCAGGUCCUAGACCCUCAGGUUUUGGUCAGUGGGCUCUGCCUUUGGGGGAGAGGGGCUGAGAGUUGAGAAAUAAAUAAACCUUCUCGCUCUUUUGUGUUUUA